AUGAAGAUCCUCGAGUCUCAAGCCGCUGUGCUUAGUAAUUGGGAGGUGUACGAGCACCUCACCGAGCAGAAGGAGCGCUACAAGAAGACUAAGCAUCGAGGUCCUCAAAAUUAUGAGGAUCUAGUUCGCUAUCUCCUGAAUUAUCUCCGCUCAAAUCCUAACCCUCUCAGCGAGGACCCUAUUCCCUACACCGAGGGCUGCAUCACCCUGCUCCUCGAGCGCCUGAGGCCUUUCAACCUAGCCAAGAGUGAGGUUAUCAUGAUCAUCAACCUUCGCCCUAGCACUCCUCCGGUUCUUGGCUCUGCUCUUGAGGAUAUGUAUGAGCGCUUCACCGCAGAGCAGCAGGAGGAAAUGGUCACCAUCAUCGCCGAAGUCCUUGGCCCAUUCGGACAAGAGGGUGAGGCCGAUGCAUCCAUGGCCGACGCAUAG